AUGGACUCCAGUUCGUAUCUGACAGCAGCGGCACUUGGAGUUGGCGCCCACUUGAUCUUCCAGACGUUUGAUCCAGACUUCCACCUAUUGCCACUUCUGCUGGUCUAUUUUUGGGGUUGGGGGGUCCUUGUGUGGAUAUUGAAACAGUUCGCCCCAUCCAUAUUUCUUGCUCUGUUACACGCUGGCAUCUUAAACUCCGUCUUUACACUUUCAUUCACCACUAGUCUCGUCGUUUACCGUCUAUUCUUCCACCGCCUCCACAAUUUCCCCGGUCCCCUGCAAGCUCGCCUAAGUCGACUGUAUCUGGUUGCAAGAACAUAUCGUUCGCUUCAGCUACAUGUGGAGCUUGAGAGACUUCAUCAGAGAUAUGGGGAUUUUGUCCGAACAGGGCCUCGAGAGGUCUCGAUUCUCCGACCAUCUGCAAUUUCGGCCAUUUACAGCAGAAAUUCUCGAUGCCGCAAGUCCCUCUGGUACGCUCAUGUGUCGGACAAUCCACGCCAAGUAUCUUUGCAUAUGGGUCGGGAUCCCGAAAUGCAUCACCUUCGGCGUAGAAUCUGGGAUAAGGCGCUGAAUAUGAAAGGUCUAGCCUACGAAUCUGCUAUUGUGCAGAAAGCCGCCAUUAUAGUCCAACAGUUCCGGCGUCUCAUGCGAAAGGAUGGGUCGGUUGACGCUGCGCACUGGUCUAGUCUGUUUGCUUCGGACGCCAUGGGCAUCGUUGGGUUUGGCGACGAUUUCCAUCAAGUUGACUGUGGCCAGGAGCACCCUGCAAUUGCCAACCUUCAUGAGUCAAUGGAAUUCCUGGGACGUUGGACUCCUACCCCGUGGGUUAUCGGCCUUCUCGCGUCCCUCCCCGGCGCUGCAAAGAAACACUCUUCGUUCCUUAUCCACACUUCAAAAUUGGUUGAAGGGAAAUUAAAGGCCUGGCAAAACAAUGAUGGGCAACCUCCACAGGACAUAUUAUCCUGGCUCAUAUCAGCGAUGAAAGAUAAUGACCCAGGGAAGCCCCCCACCAUCGAAGCCUUGCACGAGGAUGGCCGGUUGGUAGUGAUUGCGGGAAGUGAUACUCUUAGUAGUACCCUCGCCCAUGCAUUGUACUAUCUCACAGCUUACCCCAAUGAAUACAAAAAGCUCCAGCAAGCGCUAUAUAAUCACCCGAUAGGGACCAAUGGCACCACCAAAUGGAGCACCUUGGGUAGCAUAACGUACCUGGAUGCAAUCAUACAGGAAACCUUGCGCCUGAGACCAGCAGCUCCUAGUGGCCAACCACGCGUGACACCUCCCGAAGGAAUCCAGAUCGAUGAGGUCUGGGUCCCAGGAAAUGUCAACGUGGUGGUCCCCCAGCACGUCCUUCACCGAGACGAGCGCUUCUUCCCUCGAGGCGGGGAAUUUCUACCGCAGCGAUGGGUUGACGGUGCCGUUUCCAAGGACGCCUUCUUCCCAUUUGCUAAGUACACCCUAGGUCCUCGUGCUUGUGUCGGGAAGCGACUGGCCAUGGUCGAGUUGCGUAUUAUUCUGGCGCAUAUUGCAUUGAACUUUGAUCUGGAAUUCGCCGACGAAAGGCUGGCUAAGGCAUUCAUUACUCAGGGAAAGGACACGGUAACCUAUACUCUACCACCGUUACCUCUGUAUUUCCAUGAGCGCAAGAUGUAG